CUGCUGGUCGGCGGGAGCGGCUGCUGCCAGAGGCGCGGGGCCCUCGCGGCUCCUCGGGCCAACGCGGGGCGUCGGAAGCGCUCCUGAGCUUCGGUGGGCCCUCUGGUUCUGCUCCGUACCCUCUGAGCCCCAGCGCGGCCCGUGUGGACAACCUGCGGCUCCGUCCUUUGGUUCCGGACCCAUAUGGGCGCCGAGCCCCGUGGGGGGAUUAAACAGGUGGGCGCCCCGGGCCUGGUCUGACCCAGAAACGCCGAGGCGAGGAAGUCGCUGGUAUCCACAGAAAUGCGGGCCGGGGACUAAACGAGCCACGGGCAUCCUUCCCAGCCGCAGGCCCUGCCAGCAGGAAGGAGGAAUGGGAGAAGCUCUACAUAUGGUAGCUGCUCGAUAAAACUUCACCAAAGAGGAGAAAGAAUUCCCCCAGGAUACCGCUAACAGAAAUGAUGGUGUUUGACUUCACUGAGUAGAUUCUCUUUGAGAAGAAACUUACAGAUAUCCAAAAAUGGUUGAGAUUGAGCAGGCUGAGGCCCAGCUUUCUGAGUUAGACCUGCUGGCCAGCAUGUUCCCUGGUGAGAAUGAGCUCAUAGUGAAUGACCAGCUUGCUGUAGCAGAACUGAAAGACUGCAUUGAAAAGAGGACGAUGGAGGGCCGAUCUUCAAAAGUUUACUUUACUAUCAACAUGAACCUGGACAUGUCUGCGGACACAGUGGUGGUGUUUUCUCUGGCCUGUAUUCUUCCUUUUGAAUACCCUGCAGUUCUGCCUGAAAUCACUGUCAGGUCAGUAUUAUUAAGUAGAUCCCAGCAGACUCAGCUGAACACAGAUCUGACCACAUACCUACAGAGGAAUUGCCUAGGAGAUGUCUGUAUACUGAAUGCCACCGACUGGGUUAGAGAACAUGCCUCUGGUUAUGUCAGCAGAGACCCCAUCCCUCCCCCGAUUCCAGGAAGUACAGUCCAGCCUGUCCAUGUCAUUCUCACGAGACUCUGGAUCUAUAGCCAUCACAUCUACAACAAGUGCAAACGGAAGGACAUUCUGCAGUGGGCGAAGGAGCUCGCCCUGUCAGGGUUUAGCAUGCCUGGGAAGCCAGGUGUGGUCUGUGUGGAAGGCCCCCAUGGUGCUUGCGAAGAAUUCUGGUCAAGACUCAAAAAAUUAAACUGGAAGAGAAUUUUGAUUCGCCAUCGAGAAGACAUUCCUUUGGAUGGUACAAAUGAUGAAAUGGAAAGAUGGAGAAAAUUUUCAGUUUUUGAAGAAAAAGUGUUCACUGUUAGUGGAGCCAGAGGAAACCAUAUGGACUUUGGUCAACUGUAUCAAUUUUUAAAUGCCAGUGGAUGUGGGGAUGUUUUUCAGAUGUUCUUUGGCGUGGAAGGACAGUAGCUGAGUAGAGGAGUCAUUGAAAGUAUAUUGUCACUGUUGGCCAUUAAGUAAUUUUCCUUUAGUACAUUCUAGAAUGUUAGGGGUUAAAAAAAAAAGAAAAAGUAGCAUAGCUAAAGUGCAUCUGUUAAAAAUAUGUCCUGAUUGAAAACAGAACCGAGUCUUAGUUUAUAAUCUUAAAAUUAUUGACAGAAAUACCUUGACAUAUCUACCCAUUUUGAAAGAGAAAUGAAUUUGACUUGAGUUAGAUAAUAUUGGUCGUUCAACUUGCCACCCAUUCUCUAACCCUUGCCCUUUAAUCUGCCUCCAUCAGCUCUCCAAGCCUCUCUUAAAGCUUAGGUGGCCUGUGGAUAGGGCUUUGGCUAUGGGUUGCCUGGUAAAACUUUUGCUCUCCUAGUAAACAUGAUUGACACAGCAAGAGCACUUCCCCCUCUUUUUGCUGCAACACCAAGGCCGAUGGUUGGAGCUGCAUAGCCCCUCUAGCUCGAGGGCAGGGGCCAGGAGACCACAGAGAUGCCAGCGCCUGUGGUGAGCUGCUGACCCAGCACCAGCCUUGCUGUAGACAGCUUAUCUAUCUAUAUAAAAGGCUAAUAUGCAUAGUGCCCCCUUGGAGUUCCACCAGGAGUUGGAUCACUCACUGUGAUGUGGCUGACCACCAGGGGGAGGCAUGGAAUGAAGGCAGGCCCUGGAUGGCCCUGAUCACCGGCCAGGCCUAGGGAACCUAGACCCUACACGGGCCUCUCCUUAUGAAAUAAAAACCAACUUAUUUAUAUUUCUGGGCCACUUAUGAGCAGUGGAAAGCUGUUUGCCAAAUAAAUAUUUCCAGAGCUUUA